AACGCGUCGUGAUUCGGUGGCCGCGGAGCUGAUCUUUGUGCGAGCGGAGCGGCGAGUCGCAGUUAGCAGCGGACGGUACACAGACACACACCGGCCCGGAGCGCAGGAACCCACUCAAACAGCGAGCACAAGGUGACGGAGAGCCCCCUACCAUGGUCGCCUGGUAAAGAGCACCCAAGCGUUCAGCGGGAGGCGUGGCAGACAGCGCCACCUGGGCGUGCAGAGCGGGACCCGCAUCCCGACGAGCCCAGCCACCCCGAAGCGCCGCCGCCGCCAGAUGGACCUGACGCUGUGAGGCCCGAGCCAGUCAGGACCCCCGAUCAACCAGGAGAGAGGAGCCGCAGGGGCGGGACAGGGAGGCCAGCGGCGGCGAGACGCCACCAUGUCGUCCAACAGGAACCCCAACCCCCACGGACUGAAACAGAUCGGCCUGGACCAGAUCUGGGACGACCUGCGGGCCGGCAUCCAGCAGGUGUACACGCGGCAGAGCAUGGCCAAGUCCCGCUACAUGGAACUCUACACACAUGUAUAUAACUACUGCACCAGCGUCCACCAGUCCAGCCAGGGCCGCGGCUCCGUGCCGCCGGCCAAGCCCUCCAAAAAGUCCAACACUCCCGGCGGGGCGCAGUUUGUGGGCCUGGAGCUCUACAAGCGCCUCAAGGAGUUCCUGAAGAACUACCUGACCAGCCUGCUGAAGGACGGCGAGGACCUGAUGGACGAGUGCGUGCUCAAGUUCUACACGCAGCAGUGGGAGGACUACCGCUUCUCCAGUAAGGUCCUCAACGGGAUCUGCGCCUACCUCAACCGCCACUGGGUCCGACGGGAGUGUGACGAGGGCCGCAAGGGCAUCUACGAGAUCUACUCGCUGGCUCUGGUGACCUGGAGGGAGUGUUUGUUCCGACCCCUCAACAAGCAGGUGACCAACGCCGUCCUCAAGCUGAUCGAGAGGGAGCGGAACGGCGAGACCAUCAACACCCGCCUCAUCAGCGGCGUGGUCCAGUCCUACGUGGAGCUGGGCCUGAACGAGGAGGACGCCUUCGCCAAAGGCCCCACGCUGUCCGUCUACAAGGAGUACUUCGAGUGUCAGUUCCUCACCGACACCGAGAGGUUCUACACCCGAGAGAGCACCGAGUUCCUGCAGCAGAACCCCGUCACAGAGUACAUGAAGAAGGCCGAGGCGCGCCUCCUGGAGGAGCAGCGCCGGGUGCAGGUCUACCUCCAUGAGUCCACCCAGGACGAACUGGCUCGGAAGUGUGAGCAGGUCCUGAUAGAGAAGCACCUGGAGAUCUUCCACACCGAGUUCCAGAACCUGCUGGACGCUGACAAGAACGAAGAUCUGGGCCGCAUGUACAACCUGGUGUCCCGGAUCACGGACGGCCUGGGGGAGCUGAAGAAGCUGCUGGAGACCCACAUCCACAACCAGGGCCUGGCCGCCAUCGAGAAGUGUGGCGAGGCGGCGCUCAACGACCCUAAGGUCUACGUCCAGACCACCCUGGACGUCCAUAAGAAGUACAACGCCUUGGUCAUGUCGGCUUUCAACAACGACGCCGGCUUCGUGGCGGCUCUGGAUAAGGCGUGCGGCCGCUUCAUCAACAACAACGCCGUCACCAGGAUGGCUCAGUCGUCCAGCAAGUCUCCUGAGCUGCUGGCCAGAUACUGCGACUCUCUGCUGAAGAAGAGCUCCAAGAACCCGGAGGAGGCCGAGCUGGAGGACACACUCAACCAAGUGAUGGUCGUGUUCAAGUACAUCGAGGACAAAGACGUGUUCCAGAAGUUCUACGCUAAGAUGCUGGCCAAGCGCCUGGUCCACCAGAACAGCGCCAGCGACGACGCCGAGGCCAGCAUGAUCUCCAAGCUCAAGCAAGCCUGUGGCUUUGAGUACACGUCCAAACUGCAGAGGAUGUUUCAGGACAUCGGCGUCAGCAAAGACCUCAAUGAGCAGUUCAAGAAACACCUGACCAACUCCGAGCCUCUGGACCUGGACUUCAGUAUCCAGGUCCUGAGUUCCGGGUCGUGGCCUUUCCAGCAGUCCUGCACCUUCGCCCUGCCGUCUGAGCUGGAGCGCAGCUACCAGCGCUUCACAGCGUUCUACGCCAGCCGGCACAGCGGCAGGAAGCUGACCUGGCUGUACCACCUGUCCAAAGGAGAGCUGGUGACCAACUGCUUCAGAACCGGUACAACUCUGCAGGCCUCCACCUUCCAGAUGGCCAUCCUGCUGCAGUACAACACGGAGGACAGCUACACCGUGCAGCAGCUGACCGACAGCACGCAGAUCAAGACGGACAUCCUGGUUCAGGUUCUGCAGAUCCUGCUCAAGUCCAAACUGCUGGUGUUGGAGGAUGAGAACGCCAACGUGGACGAGGUGGAGUUCAAACCAGACACAGUCAUCAAACUGUUCCUCGGAUACAAGAAUAAGAAGCUGAGGGUCAACAUCAACGUCCCCAUGAAGACGGAGCAGAAACAGGAGCAGGAGACGACUCACAAGAACAUCGAGGAGGACCGCAAGCUGCUGAUCCAGGCCGCCAUCGUGAGGAUCAUGAAGAUGAGGAAGGUCCUGAAGCACCAGCAGCUCCUGGCCGAGGUCCUGAACCAGCUGUCGUCCCGGUUCAAGCCCCGAGUCCCCGUCAUCAAGAAAUGCAUCGACAUCCUGAUCGAGAAGGAGUACCUGGAGCGAGUGGAUGGAGAGAAGGACACGUACAGCUACCUGGCCUGAUGACUCCGCCCCCCACGCCGCUCCGCCCCCCCUCCCCCGCUCGCUCGACCGCCCGCCGGCUCUCCUCCUCUCUCUUUUUUUAUUAUUUUAUUUUUAUUUUUUAAUUUUCGUCUGAGUAAUUGAAGUGUGGAUCCCUCUGAGCGGCGCCGUGCGGCCACCGGGUGGAGGAGGUGGAGGAGGUGGAGGACGGUUCUCCAGCUCUCCCUGUCCGCACCAGGAGCCCCCCCCCCCCCGACGCUCGCUCCUCUGUCGACAUAUUGUAAAUAACCACAGACUCUAAGACGACAGACAGCCCCGCCCCCUGGCUCUGGCCCCGCCCCCACAUAGCGUAAUGAAUUAGCCUUCAGCCAAUCAGAGGAGAGCCGCACCCAAAGGUUUCUGCAUGCUACUGCCUACCUGCACCACAGUGACCA